UCUUUCUCCUCUGAGGCUGUGGAGUCGCCUCGCAGCAGCGAGCAACGAGCGCCCUGCUCCCAGUCCCGGCUUGGAACUUAACUGUAUGAGUGCGGGUCCUGGAACCCCGGCCCCGGAGCUGCGAGUCCGGGUCUGAACCUGGGGCGCAGCGGUCAGCCUCCGAGGCCCUGAUUUGGGACCGAGCCGAGGCUCUGAGCGCGGAGCGGGAGAGCCGGACGGGCCGGCGCAGCAACUGGCGAGUCAGGGAGCAGUACCGCGGAAGGCAGGGAGACGGCCGCGAGCUGAGGGCAGAGGGCAAAGUGCAGAGAGCGACCUGGCUCGGCGGAGGGCGCCGCCCGGCCGGAACGGAGCUCUCCGCCCCGGACGGCGGCCAGUAGUAGGGUGCGGACCCGGGGUCGCCACGAGUCCCGAGCGACUCCCCGGCCGACGGCUGGGGGCGUGCCUCCUCCCAGCCCAGCCGCCCCAGCCCAGCGCGCCCGUUCGUAGCGUCGCCGGGGCAUGUGAGCGGGAAGCCCAGGCUGCCAGCCGCGAGGACCCGGACGGAGGAGUAGCAGGAGCGCGGAGCCGAGAGCCGCGAGCCCAGCGCCCGGCUGAGUAGCACUUGGGUUGUUUCCACCUUUUGGCUAUUGUGAAUAAUGCUGUAUGAGCACGGGUGUGCAACAUCCUUCAAGGCCCUGCUUUCCCUCCUUUGGGAUGUCCAUGAGAAGCCCCGGCUCUGCCCAGCUGGCCCUGGAUGACGUUGGCACCAUGGUGAACUGUACUGUCAAGUCAGAGGGGAAGAAGGAGCCCUGCCACGAGGCCCCCCAGGGCUUGGCCACCGCAGCUGAACCCCAGCCCGGAGAUCCAGCCCGGGCCCCCCAGGAUGGCGCUGACCCUCCAGCUCCAGCCCAGUGUGUCUUACAGGACAGCAGCUCCCUGGAAAGCAAUGGGUCCCCAGAACCCAAGAGACCAGGAGGCUCUGAGGCUGCUUCUGGAAGCCAGGAGAAGCUGGACUUCAACCGAAAUUUAAAAGAAGUCGUGCCGGCCAUCGAGAAGCUGCUGUCCAGUGACUGGAAGGAGAGGUUUCUGGGAAGGAGCUGUGUGGAAACCAAAGAUGUCAAAGGGACCCAGGAGAGCCUGGCAGAGAAGGAGCUCCAGCUGCUGGUCAUGAUCCAUCAGCUGUCCACCCUGCGGGACCAGCUCCUGACAGCCCACUCCGAGCAGAAGAACAUGGCUGCUAUGCUCUUUGAGAAGCAGCAGCAGCAGAUGGAGCUGGCCCGGCAGCAGCAGGAGCAGAUCGCCAAGCAGCAGCAACAGCUGAUUCAGCAGCAGCAUAAGAUCAACCUCCUUCAGCAGCAGAUCCAGCAGAUCAACAUGCCUUACGUCAUGAUUCCAGCCUUCCCCCCAAGCCACCAACCUCUGCCUGUCACCCCCGACUCCCAGCUGGCUUUGCCCAUUCAGCCCAUUCCCUGCAAGCCAGUGGAGUAUCCGCUGCAGCUGCUGCACAGCCCCGCUGCCCCAGUGGUGAAGAGGCCUGGGGCCUUGUCUGCCCACCACGCCCUACAGGAGCCCUCCCAACCCCUAAACCUCACGGCCAAGCCCAAGGCCCCCGAGCUGCCUAAUGCCUCCAGCUCCCCGAGCCUGAAGAUGAGCAACUGUGGACCCCGUCCUCCCAGCCGUGGGGCCCCCACACGGGACCUGCAGGCCAGCCCCCCCAGCAUGCCUUUGGGCUUCCUUGGUGAAGGGGAUGCUGUCACCAAAGCCAUCCAGGAUGCCAGACAGCUGCUGCACGGUCACAGUGGAGCCUUAGAAAGUCCCCCCAACACCUCCUUCCGUAAGGACCUCAUUAGCCUGGACACAUCCCCAGCCAAGGAGCGGCUGGAGGAGAGCUGUGUGCACCCACUGGAAGAAGCCAUGCUGGGCUGUGACGUGGACGGCUCCCGCCACUUCCCUGAGUCCCGGAACAGCAGCCACAUCAAGAGGCCCAUGAAUGCCUUCAUGGUGUGGGCCAAGGAUGAGAGGAGGAAGAUCCUCCAGGCCUUCCCAGACAUGCACAAUUCCAGCAUCAGCAAGAUCCUUGGAUCUGCAGGGGGCUGGGGGUGUCAGCAGAGCCCAGCUGACUGCCUGCCCCUGGGGGCUGGGCCAGGCUCCCGCUGGAAGUCCAUGACCAACCAGGAGAAGCAGCCUUACUACGAGGAGCAGGCAAGGCUGAGCCGGCAGCACCUGGAGAAGUACCCUGACUACAAGUACAAGCCACGGCCCAAGCGCACCUGCAUCGUGGAGGGCAAGCGGCUGCGGGUGGGCGAGUACAAGGCUCUGAUGAGGACCCGGCGCCAGGAUGCCCGCCAGAGCUACACGACCCCCCCGCAGGCCAGCCAGGUGCAGAUGAGCCCCUCAGAUGUCCUGUACCCUCGGGUGGCAGGCGUGCCCCUGGCACAGCCCCUGGUGGAGCACUAUGUGCCCCGCAGCCUGGACCCAAACAUGCCUGUCAUCGUCAACACCUGCAGCCUCAGGGAGGAGGGCGAGGGCACAGAGGACAGGCACUCGGUGGCUGAUGGCGAGAUGUACCGGUACAGCGAGGAUGAGGACUCAGAGGCCGAGGAGAAGAGCGACGGGGAGCUGGUGGUACUCACAGACUGAUCCCGGCUACGUGGGCCUGGCCCUCCUCCAUGGGGAAGACCGGGCCCCACGCCAGCAGGCACAGCAACCCCACCCGGACUGCGUUGGUACUUGGACUUGCGCAUGCCUGGGAGAUGGGCACAGCUGUGCAUUUGUAGAUACAUUCAUGAUGGGAGAUGCCCCCUCCCCACCACACCUGUGGGCACACCUGAGGAUCUGAUGGCCCGAGUGGGUCCUGCAUGGCGGUGAUGGGCUGGGCUGGCUGAGCUCCGUGGUGGCCCUUGGGGCUCGUGGCCAGGGGACACUGUAUGACCCUCCCCUCCUGCAGGUCUGUCCACCCCAGGGGUAUGGCAGCUACAGACCUGUUCUCCUGGGGCCACAUGCUUUGUUUCCAUUCUUGUCCUGGCUGGACCAGCCACCAUGGGACCAACACGCACCGCCCCACCACAGUACCCCAGAUCGCUCCUCUACCACGAGGAUCGCUUUGUACUUUGUGCAAAGAGGUCUGGCUCUCCUCCAUGUCUCUAUCUUCUGCCAAGCCUUUCGUGCCUCUGGCUGGUGUGUGUGUGUGUGUAUGUGUGUGUGUAUGUGUACCCAUGUGCGCAAGUGCACAUGUUUUCAUCUGUUCUUUCAUUGCACAAGGUAUUUAUUGAGUGCCAGGCACUGUCGCUGACUUCCUGUGGGUGUGUCUCUUGAUGCCAUUGUUGCUUCUCCGGGGGGCUCUUUCUGUGCUUCUCUUUGUCCCCAAAUUGCUACCUCUUUGUCAGUCUGGGUGUCUCAGGUUCUGUGUGUCCUUGGUGCAUUUCUCUGUCCUUGUUUCUCUGCAGGGCCUUUUUUUGUGUCUCUCCCUUUCUCCGUGUCUGCCCUUGCCCCUUUAACGCCUGCUGGGUGUCUGUAAGCCCCUGGUCUGCCCUGGGCUCCCCAGCCAUCCUGACCUCCCCUGCCUGCCCCUUCACUCCCUCCCUGACUCUGCAUGUCAGUUCCCAUGGAGCCAUUUUUAGCUCCCAGCAGCAUGGGAAUGUGCUCAGCUUCCAAGGGGCUCUGUCAUGGUGCCCCAGCCCCUGGUCCCAACCUGAGUGCCAGGAGUGGGGGCAGGAGGACUGAUGGUGCCCCCUUCUGUAAGUGACAGAAGCCCUGGAGAGGGGGCUCUUGUGCAGCUGGUUUCCACUCCUCUGUCCUGAGCAGGGGAUGGGAGCUCCCCACCCCCACCCUGUCCUUGGAAGGCUUCAUCCUCUCCCACCCAGCUCUGCCCCUACACCUGCCCGCUCCCCUCCCCUCCCCGACUCUACACCC